CAUUCUGGCUGUGUUCAGAGUGCUGUCAAGCUGAGGAUGAGCACGUUUCCUGCAAUACCUGGGAGCAUGAAGCCUGCUCAUUUUCAGCCUCUGUCUGCCCUGCUCUUGGCAUGCUCCCACUGCCUGAUGGUUGCUCCCACUUUGGGAAGGUGCGGAGCCUCAGCAAUCUCCGUCUUCUAUGCAGGCUGCUUGUGCUGCUCUUAAGUGAUAGGGGAGGUUUUGCCACAGCCUGGGAAGCACAAAGCCACAAUCUCCUGAAGGGAGAGCGUUUGGGGGUGUGCAGGCUGGUGGCAAUGUCUCCUUGGGCCGGGCUCCUCUCCACCACUGCCAGAGUCAGCCUGCUGCUGCUGCUGGGGUCUGUGCUCUUCUCCUGCUCCAGCCUGGGCCACAGAGUGCCUGAGUUUGCCCUUACAAAAAUAGAAGAGAGCGACAUGAAAGAUGACAGUGGGAAGGAGCCGGGGACAGAGGAUGACGCUGAUCCCGAAGACCUGGAAGUGUUUUACCCCACGGAUCAGUGGCAAACCCUGCGUCCAGAAGGACCCUCCAACCCUGUCCCUGAACCUCUGAUGCACAGCAAUAAAUCCAUUGGCACUGACAGCCAGGUUCCCUUUGUGAAUUUGGGGCUGGCGUUCCUUUCUGUGUUUGUCUUGUCUCUCUUCAUCCUCUAUCUUCACAUCUGGUUUCUUCCUUCUGUUUCCAAGGCCCGAGAGGAAGAGGUGAGGAAGAAGUUCCGACCCAUAGAGCAGCUGAAGGAGGAGUUUGAAAAGCUGAAUAUGAAGAUAGAAACAGAUUAUGAAAUUAUGGUUAAAUUAAUCAGCAAAUUCAACAGCUCUGCCUCCACGCUGGAUGAAAAAGUCGCGGCGCUUUAUGAUCUCGAAUAUUAUGUUCACCAGGUGGACAAUGCCAAGGAUUUCCUGUCCAUGGGUGGGCUCCGGCUGGUGAUCGAGGGGCUGAACAGCAGCGAGGCCUCGCUGAAGGAACAUGCUGCCUUCGUCCUGGGAGCUGCCCUGUCCAGCAACCCCAAAGUGCAGAUCGAAGCCAUCGAGGGGGGUGCCCUGCAGAAGCUCCUGGUUAUCCUGGCCACAGAUCAGCCCCUGGCUGUCAGGAAGAAGGCUCUCUUCGCUUUGUCCUCCAUGCUGAGGCACUUCCCCUAUGCCCAGCAGCAGUUCCUCAAGCUGGGUGGCCUCCAGGUGCUCAGGAGCCUCUUCCGGCAGAAGGGGAUGGAGCCCCUCCAUGUUCGUGUGGUGACACUGCUCUACGACCUCAUCAUGGAGAAGAUGCUGCUUGAGGACUCCCAGCACGGAGAGCAGAUGGAGGAGAAAAUCCAGCAGUACCAGCAGGUCAGGCUGGUGCCGGCGGUGGUGGAGCAGGGCUGGUGUGCCCUGGUGCCCAAUCUGCUGGCCAUGCCCGAGCACGACACCCGCGAGAAGGUCCUCAAGCUGGUGGGGGUCCUGGUGGCCUUCUGCAGGGAGCACUACCGGGGGGAUCCCGCCCUGGGCACCACCCUCAGGCUCCUGCGCAGCGAGUACGAGGAGCUGGCGGCCGAGGAGCAGAGGGAAGGGGACAAGGACGGCUACUUCAGGGAGCUCCUGGGCUCUGUAAACACCAUCAUCCAGGAACUGAGGUGAAACUGGGGGUUCUGUCCAAUUCCGGGGAAUUCAGGAUGACAGCAAGUUUGGAUGGCACUGGUGCAGGCACACUUUGGAAUAAAAUGCUGGACUAAGCGAGAUCCCAGCACUGUGUGCCAAUGUCGUUAUUAAAAUAUAUUGGGCUGUG